AUGGACAAACCCACGACAAAGCGGCCCUGGUCGCUUCGGCGCAAACUGCUCAUCGGCACCGUCGUAUUAAUCAUAGUCCUCGGCCUUGCGUUGGGUCUGGGCUUGGGAUUGACACUGGGCAAUAGCGACGACAACGACGACGGUGGCGAUGGCGGACCAACGCUGACACCCCUGCCAACACCAAAUGCCACGCUUCCGUGGACUCCGAAAGUCAAUGAUACCUGGCAAAUCAUCUUGUCGCACCCACCUGUAGUCUCCGAUUCCGUGACUCCAGAUGUGAGUGUUUACGACAUUGACCUAUUCGACACUCCUGCUGCGACGAUUGCACAGUUACACAAACUAGGCAAGAAAGUUAUAUGCUACUUCAGCGCCGGAUCUUACGAGAACUGGCGAUCGGACGCAAAGGACUUUGCAUCAGGGGAUCUAGGUGACAACCUAGAUGGCUGGCCAGGAGAGAAGUGGUUGAAGCUCAGUAGUCCUAAUGUGCGAUCAAUCAUGAAGAAGCGGAUUGAGCUCGCGAAGGAGAAAGAGUGCGAUGGUGUGGAUCCAGACAAUGUCGAUGGUUACCAAAAUAAUAACGGCAUGGGCCUUACGGCAAACGACAGUAUCGACUACAUGCAAUACUUGUCAUCGAUCGCGCGCCCUCUAAAUUUGACUCUCGGCCUCAAAAAUGCCGGCUCCAUCAUCUCCGCCGUCCUGCCGCUCGUCGACUUCUCGGUGAAUGAACAAUGCGCUCAAUACAAUGAAUGUGACAGCUUCCAUCAGUUUAUUGAUGCUGGAAAGCCAGUGUUCCACAUCGAGUAUCCGGCGGGUGACGGUGAUCUAGGGCAGAGCGUGGAGUCGAACGGUUUCAGUACAGACCUCAAAAACAAACGUUGCAGUGCAAAGGGAAGCGGAGGGUUCAGCACCGUCUUGAAGAAGAUGAAUCUUGACGGGUGGGUGCAGUACUGUGAUGGGAGGGUGCAAGAGACGAGUAUAGACGAAGCGACUGGUGGUCAUGACUAG